AUGAGCACUGUAGGAAAAGUCAUCAAAUGCAAAGCAGCUGUGAUCUGGGAACCUAAGACCCCAUUCUCUAUUGUGGAAAUAGAAGUGGCACCACCAAAAGCGCAUGAGGUUCGCAUAAAGAUCUUGGCUUCUGGGAUCUGCCGUUCAGAUGACCAUAUAUUGAGUGGAGGGCUAAAAGUGAACUUCCCCAUUAUUCUUGGUCACGAGGCAGUUGGUGUUGUGGAGAGUGUUGGGGAAGGAGUUACGAGUGUGAAGCCAGGAGACAAAGUCAUUCCAUUAUUUAUCCCCCAAUGUGGAGAAUGCAGUCCUUGCAUCCAUCCCAAAGGCAACCUCUGCAAAUUGAAUGACUUUGUAGCAUUUCUUGGACUUAUGUCUGAUGGCACCAGCAGAUUCUCUUACAAAGGGGAGCUUCUUCACAAUUUCAUCAGCACCAGCACCUUCACUGAAUACACUGUAGUACACGAGUCCUCAGUAGCCAAAAUUGAUGCUGCAGCUCCACCUGAGAAAGUGUGUCUGAUUGGCUGUGGGUUUUCGACUGGUUAUGGUGCUGCCAUUAAUUCUGCAAUGGUGGAACCUGGCUCUACUUGUGCUGUUUUUGGACUGGGAGGAGUCGGCCUCUCUGCAGUGAUGGGUUGUAAGGCAGCUGGAGCCUCUCGAAUUAUUGGGGUUGACAUCAACAAGGAUAAAUUUCCCAAAGCUAAAGAGGUGGGAGCUACUGAGUGUGUUAAUCCUCUGGAUUUUGAGAAGCCCAUCAAUGAAGUGCUGAUUGAUAUGACGGAGGGAAAUGGUGUUGACUAUUCAUUUGAAGUCAUUGGGCGUACUGACACAAUGAUUGCUGCCUUGACUUCAUGCAACAUGAACUAUGGUACAAGUGUGAUGGUGGGAGCUGCCCCUACUGGGUCUGAGAUGACUGUCCCCCCUGGUCUUAUUAUCACUGGCCGCACUUGGAAAGGAACUCUAUUUGGAGGUUGGAAAAGCAAAGAUUCAGUUCCUAGACUGGUUUCAGAUUUCAUGCAGAAAAAGUUUACCCUGGAUCCACUCAUCACCCACACGAUGCCUUUUGAUAAAAUCAAUGAAGGGUUUGAACUCCUCCAGACAGGAAAAAGUAUUCGCAGCGUUCUAAUAUUUUAA